ACUGCCCACUCAGCCCACUCAAACUUUUCAUCAUCUUCUUCGCGAGAACCUUCUAAUAAAAUUCUCAAGAACCCUAAUUUCUUCAGAUCCUCUCACUCAAAUUUCUGAGAAAAUGAAAAUUGUUGGCGCUAAUAUCCAUUUCCAGAAGUUGGAAGCCAAGUGCUCUUCACCAACGUUCUAUCAAUCCUAUCUAGAGAUGAUUGCUGCUCAAGAGCUUUCCGAAUUCCUUCAUAUGGAGAUUCUAUUCAAGUAUGAGAACGAAGUUCUUGAAUUCUACAAGAAAGGAAAGGUCAAGACUGUCAAAUCGAAGAAGCACACACAGAGGACGAUUCAAAUCAUCAAUUCCACUAUUGGAGGGACCAAAGUGAAGCUUUCGCAGAAGAAAUUAGGAGAAAAGCUUCACCUUCCCAAUUCUGGAGUUGAAAUUGGGAGACUUCCAGCCAAGAAUCUGGAUUGGAAUAUGAUUGGAAUUUCUGGGCAAGUUCCUUCUGGCCCAGCGAAGAAAGCUGAUCUGAACAACGACUACAAGCUAGUCCUUGAACUGGUCAUCGCAUGCCUCGAGUGUGGAAGUGGAGGACAUGCUGAUGACAUCACCCAAGGGAGGGCCUUAAUCAUCAAUUCCCUCAUUACCAAGUCUAAGGCAAAUUGGGCUGCAUACUUCUUCAAUUCCAUCUCAAAGCAUCUGGGAAAACCCAACCAGAAAUACCUUUGUCAAGGUCUGUACAUUAGACAUAUCUUGGAGUCCUUGGGUGCUGAUUCUGAAGGAAAGAAGUAUGAAGCCAGAUAUUGGCUAUACCACCUGUCUUCCAAAGGGGAAAACAGAGCUGGUGCUAACACAACUGCAGAGCAUGAAGCCUCUUCCGACAAUUUUCCCAUCAUAAAUAUGAAGAAAGUAGCCAAGAGGAAACAUGUGGUGUCUCCCUCUCCUAGUGUUGAAGCACCACAAUAUCUUGCUCUGGUUAAUAUGGAAGAAGAAGUUACUGCUCAAGAAGAGCUUCAAAGGAAGAAGAAGAGAAAAAUCACCUCUCCCUCAACUUCUGGAAAUGUCAACCCGGAUGAAUUGAAGGAAAAGGAACCAGUUGAGGAAAACUCUGCCCACAACCAGAGUCCUCAACAACUUGAAGAAGAAGUUCAUCAAGUCCAUAAUCUUCCAACCUCCUCACCUCAAACAGAUGAUGCUGAUAACCACUUCUGGCAGCUCUACUAUAACUGGAGAGCUUGGAAGGUUGGAAAUUCAGCAGAGCAGUUGAUGGAAUGGGAUCAACAAUUGAAGAAUGAAAAGAUCAUCAAGAAGUGCUUGGGACUGCCAAUCAACCACAGCUGUGAACAAAUCUUGGAUGAUGACUGGGUAUGGCAAAGGAAUUAUGAAGACUUGCAUCUGGAACACUUGGCAACCACACCAGUUUCAGAAUUUGAAGUGGAUGAUGAAGAUCCUUCAGUCUACAAGCCGAUCUUCUCAAAAUCCAUAGAAGAUCAGAUGAUUCUCACUUCUGAAGCACAGGCUGAUUUGGAAACAACAGCUAAGGAUUUCCCAAUCUUUCCGGAAACCUCACCUGCCUUUGUACCGAUCUCCAACCUGCUUGAACUUGAGAUCCCGGAGAAGUCAGGAGAAAUUCUGGAGCAGUCCACUCCUCCAGAAACAAAUGAAAGCCAAGAGGAGCAAGCUGUAGAAAUUCAAAGGAAUUCUACAGAAGCUGAAAAGGAAGUUCAAAUGGCAACACUGGAGGCCCCUGAAACUCCAGUAGAUGUUUUUGAAGAGCAGAAUGAAGGUGAAGAAAGAGACUCCCUCUCUAGGGAUAUAUCAAAUUUUAUACUUGAUGAAGCAGAGGAAGAAUAUGAAAGGACGCUGAGGAUCAAUGAUGAAGAAGAUGUGCAAGAAGAUGUUGAAUCUCUUCCUAUGCAACUCUUCCAAAGAACAUCCUCUUCUCAUCAGAUAACCAACUUUCAUUUCCAUAGCUCUUCCAUUUCUACACUUCCAGAUGAAGUACCGGAAACCUGGACAAAGAAGGUCCAAGGGUUGAUUGAAUCAGCCCUAGCAUCUCAGCAUGCCUCCUUAAGGCAAGAGAUAGAGCAGAUGGAAGCCAGGCACAACAUGCUGAUUGAGAAAUCUGAAGAGAAACACAGCUCAGAUCUCAAGGAGAUAAGCAAGUCAGUGCACAAGACUCUAGAGAUCAUCUCUCUAUUGAGUAACUCUGUGAGCGACACAAUGGAGACAUAUGCAUCUGACAGUUAUCUUCAACUCAAAGAAGUCAAUAAAAUCAGAGAGCAAAUAGCAAAUGUCAUAGUUAGUCUACAGAAGCAGAUGUCCCUUCUCCAAAUGGACAUCAGAUCAGCCCUAGCAGUGUCUUCAGCAAAUCAGGUAGUAACCAAAGACAACUUGAAGGUUAUUAUUGACAAUCAGAAGGAAGCACACAGACUGUUCAGACACUUAAGCACAAGCUCUGGCAACCGCAAGAUGGAAGUGAUUUUUCAACAACACAGUCCAUCCUUGAUUCCAGAGCUCCCUAUUACAGUCAAGGAAGGAGAAGUCUCUUAUAUUCCUUCGCAUCUGAACAUGACUGACCUGAUCCUCGAAGCUCAGAGAACUAAUCCGGAGAACUCAGCACAACAUCUAUCUAGCUCUGGACUUGAUGGAACAGAGACUGUUAGAACCAUUGUCUCCCAUUUCUCAAAUGAUGCCCAAACAGAGGAGAGAUGCAACAACAUAAGGCGCAUCAAAGAACUGUGUGGAAACAUGCAAGGCAUUAGUGAGAUUGCCGGAUCAUCAAAGCGCAUGAAGCAAGAUGACGAGGAGGUGCACCGAAAGAAGCAGCGGUCCAUCCCAAUGACUCUCCGCGAGCUCUCGCAGGCUGUGUUCGCAUUUCAGGACUCCGUGGACUUCCGCUUGAGGGGUAUCGAGACCAUUCUUGAGACCCACCAGUGGCAAGUUGAGGCAAUCAUGGAGCAUGUCCUAGAGCUUAUGGGGAAGGAGGCGCAGGAGCCGAAGGCCAAGGAAGAAGCCAAGCCAAAGAAACACCAGGGAUUGUGAGAUCCCUAUUUUAUCUUAAUUUUCUCAUACUCAAUCAUGUUGUAGGAUCGUUUU